AUGAGUGUCGCUUUCGUGAUUAGUAUCCCGCUUAUACCUCCCUCCCCACGGCAUCUCGUACCAACUUCCACGGGUCCACCUUACAGUUGCAAAUUUGACAAAAUUGAUGGGGACUUGACAUUCACUCACUUUAUUGUCUUUGUAAACAGCAUGCCUAUUAAACGUGGAUUAUUUCUACAUUUGAAACGACAGGUUGAAUUAGCUGUACUGAAACAGCGGAAUUAG